UCUGACCCACCAGUUAGGAGUUUCUAUUAUUCUCUUUCCUUCAGACGUUUGUGCACUUCCAGUGCAUUAUAAAAGCAGGCAUAGGUCAAUGUUCAAGAUGGCUUCGUAAGAGAAGGACACUGAUUCUAUAGCCAGUGUCUUACUACUAGCUCAUAAGUUCUAUAUAGCUAUCUCACAGCAGGGUACAACACUUCUCACCCAGGCUAUUGAGGAAGAAGGCACUAUCCAAACCCUGUGCAUUGACAUCCUGCAAUGUCUGGACACCUCAGUCAAUGGAAUGACCCAAGUGUUAUGGCCAAGGCUUCUGGAGUAUGUGGUGCCAGCUCAGUACACUGGUACUUUGAAGCCUCUCUGCAGAUGCCUUAGGGAACUGGUUGAGAAAAAGCAGCAGGAAGGAGAAGAAGCUGCUUGCCUCGACUACAGUGGACCAGUGAAACUCCCUACACCCCAGGGGCUGCUGGCACGACUCCUGGUAGUAGCUUCAUCCCCUUAUGAAAGAGAAGGACAUGGAUGUGCUGCCUUGCAAUUACUUGAGGCCCUGCACCACAAUAUCCACGCAGCAGUGGGUGAGAUGUGGGUACUAAAUAUCCCACCUCUGCUGCAGUACAUUGAAGGAAACACAGAGAAUUCCCUGGACCAUGAACGGUGGGAACACAUGCUGCUUCAGUUCCUAAGAACAUCUCUGGAGAUGAUAGGUGACAGUGCCUGGAGCAGCCAGAUAAGCCUUGAGUUGAGCCAGCAGAUGGCCGGCUAUGCCAGCCCCUCCAAAGAGAAGAGUUUCCUGUAUAAGGCACUAGGAACGUCCUUAGCAGUUUGUCAGGACCUGGUCCACGUUAAAUCACAGACUCAUAAAUUUCUGACGACAACAGAUUGUAUGGAAGCCCCUGAGAGAGAGGGAGUCAUUUCCAUCCUCGCAUUCUCUGCUGAGAACCACUUGGACCUCACCUUGAACGCACUUCAGGAGUUUGGGGCUGCAAUGAGCAAGGUUAAGAUUUCUGGGUUCAUCGGCCGCCUGAAGGACUACCACCAUGGGAAAAGAGGCAAGACUCGCAGCACCCUGAUGCUGACAUACAGCAACGUGGCUGUUCAUGCUCCAAAAGACCAGCUUCUCUCCCGAGUAGAGGCAGACAUCACAGGGAACAUCCUUCACCAUUACAGAGCCAGUUGUCGGGUGUCUGACUGCUGGCACUGA